UCCCUUGGAAAAUCAUACCAGUCUCUCUCACAGCUCCGUACGAUGGGUGGAAGACGCUUUUGGCAAUUCCAGACUUGGCUGCGUUUAACUAAGAAAAACCCAGAGGAACCUAAUGAAAGCUCCAGGUUAAUACCCAAGGAUAAUACUGAUUCCCAAAAGGUUCCUGAUGGAGAGGAUUCAGAGGAAGAGCGACAUAGUGCUUACAGCUAUCCAGGACUUGUGGUUACGAAGUCCAUGUCAACGAAGAACUGGCCCCGACCCAUGACCCAUCUUCCUACGUUAUUAGUGUUUAUUAAGUAUCUCAUGUUCAUCACCAAUUUUGUGUUCUCGGUAGUGGGAUUCUCCAUUUUAGGAAUUGGUUUUUGGGGACUCAUAGACAAGCAGUCGUUGAUUAGCGAGAAAAUUGUCUCUCUGGGCACAGACCCCAUGCUUUUCUUUAUACUGGUGGGUCUGGUGAUUUGUGUCCUGUCUGUGUCGGGGUGUGUGGGAUUCCUAAGAGAAAACAUUUGCCUCCUGAAACUAUUCUCUGCCGGAAUGUGCGUUCUUGUAGUCAUCCAGAGCGUUUUGGCCAUCGCUUUCCUCUCCUUCAGAGAGCAGAUCCAGGAUUCUGUGAAGGAAUCCAUGAUGGUGGCUUUGACUAGGUACCAGGACGAUUCUGACCUGAGGUUUAUUAUGGAUGAAAUCCAGCUUGGCAUGGAGUGCUGUGGGGUUCAAUCUUACCAAGACUGGGGGGUCAACUUAUAUUUUAACUGCAGUUCCGCUGGCGUUCUUUCCUGCGGAGUUCCAUAUUCCUGCUGCAUUGACCCUCUAGAAAAUGGCACCGUUCCCAACUCCCAAUGUGGAUUCAAGGUACAGGAGAUGGGAGAGACCUUGGCUGGGAGCACCGUCUAUCUGGGAGGCUGUGUACCCCAACUUUCUCUCUGGCUGAGCCGCAGGUUUUGGGACAUUGCUUCAGGAUUCUUAUUGGUGACGGCCAUCGAGCUUAUAAAUGUUUCCUGUGCCCAGAGAAUUCUGAGAGAAAUAAAGUUUGGAAGGAACACAAUGGUAGGCCUUGGUAGACCAAAAUACCACGAGUGGACUCUCACUGACCAGAAAUAA